AUGGCUUCGGGAUUUGGACUAGUGACGGAUGUACCCCGCCAUAUGAGAAGCCCCGGUCAAGAUGGUUAUCGAACGCCAACUAUCGAAGAUGCCGACCAGAGAAUCUCAAUUCUCGGCGUAAUAGACAGCCCUAGAACCACUGCCCGCGAUGUACACGCCACCGCAUUGGAGGAAACGUUACAGAAGCUCUCGUCGAGAGCUACUGAUCACCAAUCAAAGAGAGAAUCAAAUUUUUGGGCGGAGCCUAAUGGUCAACAACUUGAUCGCACAUUUACGGAUGCAUCGUCGCACCGGCUGAGCUGGAAAAAACGAAUUCGCCAUAUUACUUGGGCAUAUUUCACUAUGACCAUGGCCACCGGGGGAUUGGCGAAUGUUCUAUACGAAGUCCCAUACCGUUUCCGAGGAUUGGAGACAAUCGGAGUCGUCGUCUUCUUGUUCAAUAUUGUCCUUUACCUUCUUAUCUGGGCGCUUCUGCUCAUUAGAUUCUACUAUUAUCCUUAUACUUUCAAAGCCUCCUUCCUUCAUCCAACGGAAUCCUUGUUUAUUCCCGCUUCGAUGGUGUCUUUUGGUACUAUCCUGAUCAAUGUCUCACAAUAUGGCCCGCAAAAGGCAGGCCCCUGGCUAAUCGAAGCUGUGGGGGUUCUCUUUUGGAUCGACUGUAUUCUAGCUGUGUUGUUCUCCGCGGGCAUCUAUCUCAUCAUAUGGUCGACACAGUCAUUUACAAUUGCCCAAAUGACCCCGAUUUGGAUCUUUCCUGCUUACCCUAUGCUCAUCAUGGGUCCACACGCCGGCAUUCUAAGUGGGAAACUCGAACCAUCCCGUGCUCUACGCAUCAUCGUAGGCGGAACGACGAUUCAGGGCGUCGGAUUCCUGAUGUCCUUGAUGGUGUAUUCGGCCUUCAUCUACCGACUCAUGACCCAAAAACUUCCAAAGGAGAACAUGCGUCCCGGAAUGUUCGUUUCUGUCGGACCGAGUGGUUUCACAGUUGCUGGCCUUGUGAACAUGGCAUCCAACACAAAACGCGCCUUUCCGGCCGAUUUCAUGGGCAAUGGUCCACUAGCUGCCGACAUACUGAAAGUGACGACCAAUUUCGCCGCACUAUGGCUAUGGGGAAGAUUGGCGAUCUUCUUCUUUAUCCUCGCUAGUGCGGCCCAUUGGUCGGCUAUCGGGCCAGGUCGCAUGGUCUUCUCAAUGGGCUGGUUCUCAUUCGUGUUUCCGAACACGGCGUUGAUCACUGCCACUUUUGCCAUUGGGAAGGCAUUUUCUUGUGAUGCCAUCAACAUUGUCGGGACGGUGGCAGUUUUUCCGCUGCUAUUUAUGUAUUUCUUUGUUUGUUAUAUGAUGAUUCGAGCUAUUGUUCAGCACCAGAUUCUGUGGCCACAGAAAGGCGAGGAUCGGGAUGAGGGUGGAUUUGAAGUUCAGCACGUCAAUCCUGCUGGAGAGGAAUCCGAGGAAACUAACGCUGUCUAA